AUGUCGCAACUAGAAAUCAAGGAAGGUUCCAGGUCAUACGAAAUCUGGAGGAAGACGCCAUUCCCUCUGAUCCUGAAGGUGUAUCUGUUCAACAUCACCAACGCCGAGGCUUUCCAAAAGGGAGCGAAGCCCGACUUGCAGGAAUGCGGACCUUAUGUUUGGAGAGAAUACCACGAAAAGAAGAACAUCACCUUCAACGCCAACAACACAGUCACCUAUUUCCAGCAGAGGUGGUGGAUUUGGGACGAGGAACUUUCAGGCAAUAAUUCACGAGAUGACGUCAUUGUCACUCUCAAUACAGUACCUGUGGCAGCAGCAUGGAAUGUACACACUAAUGCAUUUUUCCUUGGUAUGUUGAAUGCCUUAUUUACGAAGGUCAAGGAAAAAGUUGUUGUCACCACCACUGCCGAACAAAUCCUUUUUUCUGGUUAUGAGGAUCCUGUGCUGGAUUGGAUGAAAAAACACCCAGCAUUUUCAUCCUUUACUAGCUACGAUAAAUUUGCUUGGUUUUACGGUCGUAAUUUGACAACAUACUACGACGGAUUGUUCAACAUGAAAACUGGAGCAGACACACUUGAAAACUUAGGUAAGAUUGACUGGUGGAACAAGACGCGAUCAACUCCAUUCUUCUCUCCUCCAUGCAACAGUGUCACUGGCUCUGCUGGUGAGAUGUUCCCUCCUAACCAGAAACAAGACCAUGUUAUCAUCUACAGUUCUGACCUUUGCAUGAGUGUGAAGCUACAUUACAAGGAGAAUGUAACCAAUGAUGGAAUAAGAGGUUACAGGUUCUGGGGUAGUAAUACCACCUUUGCAAAUGGAUCAGUUGUUCCUGGCAAUGAUUGCUACUGUGUCAAGGGUACUUGUGCUCCAACAGGGUUGUUAAAUGCAGAGUCAUGUAGGAUGGGUGCUCCUGCAUUUAUCUCCUUCCCGCAUUUCUUUAAUGCUGAUCCAUACCUCCUAAACAUGGUCAAUGGUCUAAAGCCAGAGGAAGAGAAACACGCUUUCUACAUGGAUAUUAUUCCGGAACUGGGAACACCAAUGAAUGUGGCUGCAAGAGUGCAGAUCAACAUCCGCAUCCAGCCAUACGAAGGAAAAGGAAAGUUCCAUUUCAACCGGAUUGACAUCCUGAAGGAUCUGCCAAAUGCUUACCUGCCCAUGCUUUGGUUUGAGGAGAAGGCUGCAAUGCCCCCAGACAUGGCUCCUUCAAUCAAAACUCUUCUCUUUCUCUUAGACACUCCAACAUUAACCAUCAUCUGGUCUCUGUUAGUGGCUAUGGGGGUCAUAGUGGUGGUUGGCAUUCUGCUGGACCAUUGGCGAAAACAUCGGGCAUACGAUCCACUCCUUGAUCCUUUAAUGUAGCAAGAGUGGGAAUCCUUGUGAAUGAUUUGAUGUAAAAGCAGAAAGUCUCUUUGAUGGGAAGGAAUUUUUGCCUAUUCAUGCUGUGACAAUUUUCAGUUUUUUAUAAACAAACGGUUACUAAUUUUUGUAAUUGUUGUAAUUUUUCUCAGUCCUUGGAUGGAGAAACUUGGUAAAAAAAAAAAAAAUCUAUAGAAUUGUAUUUUUAAUGCAAAUGCUAUGUAAAUUACAAGAGCAAAUAAAAACCUAGUUGUUAUAAGAAAGGGUAAAAUAGGAAACAUUUGCAGUGUUUGGUCACAAAUUUGAAUUGUUACAUGCUAAUAGGAUGAAAGAGGCUUUUCUCAAGUGUUUUGUCAUCAUAAGUAAGCAAUGAAUGUUUAGCACAUGUGAUAUUUGUUAUGUAAGUGAUUUGACUUAACUAUAUUUGUGGCAUAUUGAGUCAAGUGAGUGUGAAAGCAGAUUCAUUGUUAUUUGUGAAAUAUAGAAGUUAUUCACCAAAUUUCUUACACUUUAAGAUAUAUAAAGAAUGGUUGUUAGUGUUUUAGUACUUUAAAGAUAUCUAAGUACAUGUCUGAAUGUCAGUCUAGUCGAGACUAUACAGUGUCUCCAAAUCAGUAUGAUUUAUACACUUUUAUACUAAAGGUUAAUGCAUUUAUUCAUAAAAGGAUAUUAUACAU